AUGUCUGUCAUCGACGGCGCUGUGUCCAUCUUCGAGAAGGCCGCGGCUCCCUUGGAGCAGCCCCUUGCAUGGCUCCGCUGGUCCGCACCGAUGCCCGGAGGCGGCGGCAUAUCCCUGCCGGAGGGCGUCACCCCUGUGGAGGCAGGGCUCGUGGCGGUGCUGGUGAUCGUCUUCAUCUCGGUGGCUUCCCUGCUGUUUGGAGCCUUCAUGUCGCGCCGGAACACCCCAUCCGGCAAGAUCUUGAAGCUUGCUGCUAGUGAAGCGCGCAUCCUUGUGCCGGCAACAUUUUGCCUCUACCUGAAUAGUGCUUUGAUGAUGCUGCUGCCGUUCUAUGGUGGGCAGUUUGUACAAAUGAUUGGUGGUGGCCACGAUGUCAACACGGAUAAGCUGAACCAGGUCACGGUGGAGAUCUUGGUGGUGGCUGUGUUGUCCGCCUUGACUUCCAUGGUUCGAGGCAUGCUGUUCGUGCUGGCCGGUGAGCGGAUCGUGCGGGAGCUCCGGAAGCAGGUCUUCCAAGCCUUGCUCCGCCAAGAAGUGGGCUUCUUCGAUGUGCAGACCACCGGAGCCUUGGUCUCCCGGCUGACCAACGACACCGGCACUCUGCAGAACGCCGCCAGCUCCAACAUCUCCAUUUUCCUCCGCUGCAGCGCGAGCCUCCUGCUGUCGUUGAUCGUUAUGCUGGUGACCUCCUGGAAGCUCACCUUGGCCAUGCUGCUCACCGUGCCGGUGGUCAGCAUUCUGGCUGCGGUCAUGGGCCACUUUUCCAGGAAGGUGAGCAAGAGUUAUCAGGAUGAGACUGCGGAGUGUGGGAACAUCGCCUCGGAGACCUUCGGAAACCUGCGGACUGUGCGAGCGUUCAGCUCCGGUGAAAAGCUCAUGAACAAGAAGUACUGUACCGCAAGCGACAAAGUCUACAAAUAUGGUCGGCAGCGGUCCAUGAUCUAUGGGGCCUGGUCAGGAGUUGUCGGUUUGCUCUUCUUUGUCGCCUUCACCAUUGUGCUGCGUUACGGCGCCGGCCUGGUGGAGGCAGGGGAGAUGAGCUCCGGAGCUUUGAUCUCCUUCGUGCUCUACACGGUCAGCUUGUCCGGCUCGGUGGCAAUGCUUGGCAGCAUCAUGCCGAGCUUCGCCUCGGCCAUCGGCGCUACAGUGAAGAUCUUCCAGAUCAUCGACCGCGAGCCUGUCCAGGUAGAAGGAACACUGGAGCCUGCGGAAUGCAAGGGCAAGCUGGAGUUUGACAAUGUUUGCUUCAACUAUGUCACUCGCCCAGAGACCCAAGUGCUCAAGAAUGUGAGCUUCAAGGCUGAGCCCAACCAGGUCGUCGCUUUGGUGGGCCAGUCGGGCAGCGGAAAGAGCUCCUGCGUGGCGUUGCUGCAGCGGCUCUACGACUGCCAGGCUGGUGCAGUGAAAAUCGACAACAUUGAUGUGAAGCAGCUGAAGUAUUCCUACCUCCGGCGACACAUGGCCGUGGUCUCCCAGGAAAGCGGUUCAUAG